UUUUUGGUAGCUGUCACAAAAGAUUCUUUGAUGAUGGGGACAUGUCAUGGUGCCUGAGUGACACUUGCUAGAAGCUGUACUUCGAGGCUUCCUCUCGAGAGGCUCUUUAUAAUUUCUUACCCGGGGCCAUCCGCAUAUCCAGAGAAGGAUCACUUGGCAGUGAGUCGGAUAGGAAACGCACCAGUGCUAAUUCACAAAGUGUGCACGAUUUUGUAGUUCGUACGAUUUUGUAGUACCGGUAAUUAAUUUUGUAGUUGCCUAGCCUGCUCUUCCGAUAGUUCGGAGACGGAAGCUUUCGCUUUCUCCGGCUCCCUCUGGAUAUCGUUUGGUUUGCCAUGGGGGAAGUGCCUGGCCCUGAAAUCGUGGAAAAGGAUUCAACCUCGACCUUGAUGUAUUGUUCUGAAGUAUCGUGCCAGUCUAUUGUGAAGCGAGCAUGGCCUUUCUAAAGCUCCUAGCUUGUUAGUGCAGUGCAGUGCAGUGCAGUUUGAUCAUUGCCCCUAUUUGAGUGUGUGUAGAUGUGUGUAGAUGUGACUCUCAGUGUGACUGUCGGUGGUGGAUGCUAGAGCUCUAAGACUGGCUACAGUAAGAGAACACAGUGGGCAUCUGCAAUAUGGGUACUGAAGUUCGCCGUAACAGGCAGGUGGAGGCUCCGGCAUCACUGGCAUCAUCAACAUCGAUAACACAGUUACCCUCACCACAUUGUACUCUCUCUAGUAAAAGUCCUGGUGUCAGAAAUGGUGGCAGCGGUAGGCUCCCUAUGAGUGCGUCUGCUGAGCAAUUGCGUUCUGUCAGAAUAUGUCUUGGUGACAUUAGUCAUCCACCUGUGUCCACUGCUGCUGAACAUUGUGGAGAGGUCACCAGUCACCCACGCUACAAGGCAAUGAGUACCCUCCUCAAUCGCAGUGGCAAGUUGUUGCCGGGGGACUUUGAGGCAUUUGCAACUAAUGAAGUCGCGUUCAUGAACUCGAUCUUUGCUGAUGCUUUGUGGGACUAUGUGGCAGUUGAUCCAGAAGAGUUGUCCUUUGUUGUUGGAGACACGAUUGAAGUGACUGAUAUGGAGGAUGAUGAGUGGUGGGGAGGAACUGCUAAUGGCACAACUGGAUGGUUUCCCGCUAAUUAUGUGCGGUUACGAGUUUUCCAGAGCGUUUCGCCAACACCGUCUGCAACCCAAAUCACCUCGUCGUCAUCAUCAGCAUCAAUAGCAACGCCAUUAUCAUCUCAACCCUGUGUACGCAGGAUGGUCAUAGAGGAGAUACUGAAUUCAGAGAGGUGUUACGUGGGCCACUUGAAAGAUAUCGUGGAGGGUUAUAUUACUGAGGCCCGAAAGAAGACAAGCCUGUUCGAUGAAGAGACCGUUGCUUUGGUGUUUGGCAAUGUGGAAGAAAUUCUUGCUUUUCAGUCGGACUUUCUUGCAAAAAUGGAGAGUUGUGUCGACAAAACUGAUCCUGCAGCCACCGUUAUUGGACCGUUAUUUGUUGAGAGGGAGCUUCAAUUCAAUGUGUACUCUCGGUACUGCACCAAUCAUCCACAUGCUGUUAAGGAACUGGACAAGCUGCAAUCGGAUCGUCUUCACAAGCUGUUCUUUGAAGCUUGUCGAUUGAUGCGCCAGAUGGCCAACCUCUCGCUGGGUAGCUUCUUAUUGACGCCAGUUCAGAAAAUUUGCAAGUAUCCAUUGCAAAUACAGGAGUUGCUGAAACAUACGGAGAGUUCACAUCCCGACUAUGAACAUGUUGUGCAGGCGCAUGAAUGCAUGUCCAAAGUUGCAGAAUCCAUCAAUGAACUCAAGCGGCGAACUGAGUGCAUCGAGAAGAUUGUUGCUUGGCAGAGCAAGGUCAUAGCUUGGACGGGGGAUAACAUCACAGCACUGAGCACAGUGCUAAUACACAGUGGACAGCUCGUGAAGUUGUCCAAAGGCAGAGCUCAACCACGUAUGUUCUUCCUUUUCGAUCACCAGUUAGUGUGGUGUAAGAAUGAAGGAAGAGACAGACUGUACUACCGAGGACGACUUUCGACUAAGGAUUGUCUAGUGGACAAGGUGGACUGUCCAGUGAAGGAUGGUGGAGAGAAGAUGGGUGGGCAGCACUAUGCUUUGUCUUUGUUCAACUCCUCAAAGAACAAAUGGUACGCCCUACGUGCUUACACGGAGCAGACACGUGACCGCUGGUUUGAAGCAUUCCAGACCGAGCAGGAGCUCGUUUCACGUGCCAACCCUAAUGGUUUGGCUGAGAGUGGGGAGUGGCAAUCAGCACGCGCCAAAACUGCUCCACCAUCAAGUCGAAGGAAGUCAUCAUUGGUUGAUAUGAUUCGCUCAGUGACACCAUCAGCGUUGGAUGAAGCGAAGAGGCAGCCGCUGCAGAUUCAGCCCCUAUCGCCAAUAGUCAAGAGGCGUACACUAGAGAGAAUUCGGAAAUUCCAUUCGUCCAAUUUGACCUAAGCUCCUGUCUUUUUGAACCUGGCCAGGGCAAUUGUGUGGCUAUGUUUCGCCACUGUCAAAGAUAUGCCUUGUUACACCACUGCCUGGCUACUUUCAGCAGUGGCUGUGAAGUUGUGAAGGCGUUGUCUUGACUAUGAUCCACUGCAGUAGCCAAGGUGUUCCACAGCUAUUUACUGCAGAUCACGGUAAGCAAUUGAACUUGACUUGCAUGGUAAUAUCACCCUGCCUUCUCACGUUCUCUUCAAUUACCACAUAACAUAUCCUUUUUUUUUCUUGAGAUUUUACUUCUUUUUACAUGUACAGUGUUUAUAUUUCUUUAUUUUUCAUACUUCGCUCUGCUACUACGCCGCUGCAGAUUCCAGCUAUCAUGGUUUCUGAUUAGCAAUAUGCUAUGCACACAUUUGCACGCUACCCUGCACAUGAAUUCACUUCUUAUCCCCAGUCUUCCGCCAGCAGUCGUGUCACUGCAAACACAGAGCUGCAGACAAGAUAUUGUCUGCAUGCUUUCCACGUCCACUUGUCUCCACGUCCACUUGUUUCCGUGUUCAAUUGUCUCCACGUCCACUCAUGUCCAUGUCCUUUUGUUCUGUCCCGUGGAAUUGCUGCUGUUGCUUGCUACUGCAAUGUCUAUAUACACAAACAUGCAAAUCAGCUGAUACUGCCAGAAGUGGCAGAGUUUUCCAAAAUAAGGAGCCUUUCUUCUAACUUUCAGCACCAGUUAUAAAACAUUAGUAUUUUUUUCCAGUGAUGGAUUUCUUGCCACCUUGCAAGACGGCUACUACUUCUGACGUGUACCGAUAUUUGAAGCGUCUUAGCUUGAUAUUUGCCUACUUUCAAGUGUUCUGCUGUAUGUUGGACAGCUGGAUAUUUUCUUUUCUUCGUGCACAUUAUUUUGUGGCAUGUGAUGAAGUCCAUCUUUGGCUAAUUUUCUAAAUACCGUGAUCGCUGAGAUCCAACAGCAUUUUGAGAUAUCAUGCUAGUAUUUCUUUUUUCUUUAGCCUUCUAAAGUUUCUUAGUCCUGAGUAGGGUGUCUCAACUCUUCACUGUUUUUGGUCCUGUGUUGGGAGUCUCAACUCUUCAGUGUUCUUGGUCCUGUGGGAAUUUCAACUGUUCAGUGUUCUGCAAUCUCAAUUGCUUCCUGUUGCCUUUGGUCUUUCUGCCUUUUCCAAUAAAAAUCAUAAAUCAUGAACUACUUUCUGGUUUCCGAACUUGAGCUUGUUUCCUUCCUUGUACAGUACUAGGAGCAGGGCGUUGUCAGUAGCUACCAGCACACCGCUAUGUGCGUCAUCAGUGAAAGGUAUUCAAUGUUUGUCUUCUUUUAUGCAAUUAUUGGCAAGUCCUGAAAAGUGCACCUUUCUUUACGUUAUGCUGUUAAAAGCGAUAUAGUUUAUUUUCUUUGCAAGUUAUCUCAACAGUCUUGGACAUGCAGUUGAACUGGC